AUGGCAAAGAAAACCAAAGAUACAACAGCAUCUACUGCUAAAAGUGAAGCUAAAACUAGAGCUAUAGAUCCUCAUGCAACUAAAGAUCUUGUUCGUUUAUUAAAUAUACUUGUUUUAUUAUUAGCAAUCACUGCAUUUCUUUUACAAUUUUUUGCUGUUAUAACUCAUCAUUGGAAACGUCAAGUAACAUAUCUUGAUCCAGUUGUUGAUAGUCAUCAAAAUCCAUCAAAUGUAUAUGAUGAUAGUCGAAUCGAUCAAACUUAUGGUUUAUAUUCACGAGAUGUUAAAGUUUAUGCUGGUCAUGAUGAACAACUUGAUGUUUGGACAAGUACACGUUUUCCAAGAUUAGAUAAUGGAGAGGAUGAUUUAAAUCAUUGUUUAUCAGAAACAUCAACUCUUCGAGGUGCAUUACUUACAUGUGCUGAUCGACUUAUUUCACCAACACAGUGCCAUUGUCGACGAUAUCCUCAUUGGAAUGCAAUCAUUUUCUUUGAAGUAACUGCAUUAAUAUUACUUGGUCUUGUUCUUUUAAUUGUAUCUUUACUUACAACUAAAUUUCAUGGAUUACUUAAACCAAUUGGUGUUGUAUUAUCAUUUAUUGCUUUUCUCUUUUUAUUAAUUGGUCUGAUUAUACUACUUAGUUAUCUUAAACGUGAAACACGUACUAUUGCUGAUUCAUAUCCACAUAUUCAUAAACAAAUUGCAACACAAGUUGGUAAACGUUAUACAAGUGGACAUCAUUCAAUUGUUCGUCGUCAAGCACAUGAAACAUAUCGAGCAUAUUCAUUAUUACCUGGUCAACAUCCAUUUAAUGAAACACAUUUUCAACAAUAUUCCGAAGCUGACGGUAGAUGGGUUCAAUAUCCUUAUUCAAGUUUAAGAAAUGAAGCUUAUGCACCACGUAGUUCUAAUCAACAGACAACAACACCAAAACCUGCAUACAAUAUUUAUGGUCCAGUAGUAGGUUAUAAUACUGUUUAUGAAAAUACACGUGCUUGUAUUGGUUGGUCAGCUGUUUUAUCAAUUCUUGCUAUGAUUAUUGCAUUACUUUUACCAUUAAUUCUUGCUUUAUCAUGGAUCAAAGCAAAAACAAUUGGACCAGAAGUUAAAACAAUAACAACAACAACAGUUAAAACAGAAUUUUUACCAACACCACAUGAUGUUACAGUUGAAACAGUACCUUUAACAAGACCAGUUCAAACCGAAAUACAUCGACAAGGACCCUAUGAUAAUUAUGGUGGAAGACAAGAAACAAUUGUACGUGAUGUAGUUAUCCGCGAUGAUCAUCCAAUAGCAACUCAAACAUAUCGUACAUAA